AUGAAGGAUACCGAUGCUACUAUAGUAGACCUGGCAGACACCCAAGCAAUGUCUGACACCUCCUCUGAAAGGCGUCGUACCUCCUGGCGUACCUGCUGUGUUGGUUUUCUCCGCCGUAAUCUCCUAGUCGUUCUUCUUCUGCUUUCUCUUCUUCUCGGCCUUGGAGUGGGUUUCUUCAUCAAGCUGGGUACGGAUCUAACUUUUACGUCCAAGGAUAUUUCCUACAUUUCCUUCCCUGGUACGCUGUUCCUCAACAUGCUGGAGAUGGUCAUCAUCCCUUUGGUGGUUUCAAGUCUGGUGUCAGGCAUGGCGUCUCUUGACAAACGCUUGUCUGGAAUUCUCGGCCUUAAGGCUUUGGUGUACUACGUCUGUACAACAGUCAUAGCUGUAACCCUUGGCAUUGUCAUGGUGAUGUUGAUACAACCAGGCAAUCGACAAGAAUCGACGAACAUCGAUCGAUCUGGUAACACGGAGUAUGUCAACACAGUGGACUCUAUACUGGAUCUGCUAAGAAACAUGUUCCCGCCAAAUGUUGUGGAGGCCUGCUUCCGUUCAUACAAGACCGUGCAGACGCCAGUGAUAAUGGUACAGAAUCAAUCGGAGAUGAUAGGUGUGACCAUGACGACCGAAGAGGGCGUUACUAUGGGUACCACACCCGAGCCUGAGAUCAUGCUGGUGUCCACAGGCGGGUACCAGUACCGAAGCAACCUGCUUGGCCUGGUAGUGUUCUCCUUUGCCUUGGGUAUUACGCUGGGUCGUAUGGGGCCGGAAGGAGAACCGCUCAGAGCCUUUGCCAACUCGAUGAUGGAGGUCAUUAUGUGGCUGGUUCGCUACAUUAUUUGGAUUUCUCCUAUUGGAAUCUUCUUCCUCAUCAUUGGCAAGAUUCUAGACAUGAAGGAUUGGAUGACCGUCUUCAGUCAGAUUGGCCUGUACUCGGCAACCGUCAUCUCUAGUCUUCUCAUCCACGGACUCAUUAUUUUACCUCUCAUCUUUGUCAUCUUCACUCGUAAGAAUCCCUUCGUCUUCAUCAAGGGUGUGACGCCAGCGCUGAUGACUGCCUUCGCCACUGCUUCAAGUUCUGCUACCCUACCGUUGACCAUCGACUGUCUUGAGCAGAGCAAUGGCAUUGACAAGCGCGUCACCCGUUUUAUGCUACCAGUCGGUACGACACUAAUCAGGGAUGGUACCGCCCUCUACGAAGCAGUGGCCGCCAUCUUUAUUGCUCAAGUCAAUAAUUUAGAAAUGGACGUGGCAACUGUUUUAACCGUCAGUGUAACAGCCACCUUGGCUAGUAUUGGUGCUGCGGGUGUACCGCAAGCAGGCCUCGUCACACUGGUUAUUGUACUCAACGCAGUUGGUCUCCCAGCCGAAGACGUCACACUCAUCAUCAUCAUUGAUUGGUUCCUUGAGCGGAUCCGUACAACUGUGAACGUAGCUAGCCAUUCCCUCGGUGCAGGUAUCGUUCAUCACCGGUCUCGUGAGCGACUCGCUACCAUAGAUCGACUCCACGGUAAUGAUAACAUGGCAUUCCCAACCAAUCCUGCCAUGGGGUAUCAACCAACAUUGACAGAGUUCAAUACCAAACUGUGAAGACAUCUUGGAUUGAUGUAAUGAAGGCUGCGUCCAAAGACUGUGGCUACGGCUGACAACUACACAUAUGCUUAUGCUAGCCAAUGACUAGCACCUGCAGCGACUCCCCACAUACGUUUGUGUAACUGCCUGCCGUAGCCAAUUCCUUCUAACACAUUCUAUCUCCCUCAAGUACACACUGAUAGAAACCAUUUGGUCUUUGAUACCACAGGCUCUCAAGUUUUUUUAAAUAUUUUGCAUCACAAGGAUAAAAAUGUAGUCUUAACAUUCCGCACUCAAUUUUGGAAUUGCAUCUUAUACCGGCUGUUAAACACAAGAAACAAGUGUCACGUAGAUGGAUGUUAGCAGGUAUCAAUGGGCUCACAAGACACUGGCUACAAGGUACAUAUUCAAUCAUCAAUCAAAUAAUGGUUAUACGGAUAGGAUAGUAAAAAUGAUUUGCUCUUAAUGAUAUAAUCAUAAUCGCAUUGAGCAUAUUUUAAUUUAAACACUAUGUGAACAUAUAAGAAUAUGUAUUUUGUACUUGAGUACUUCCCGGAUAACGACAGAGGAAAUUUCUGGAUUUAAAUUGAACUGUAAAAAAUCAAGCUGAAAAAAAUAUGAUUAAUGGAAUAUAAGUAUUUUAUUGUGAUAUUUGAAGAAGGCGUCUUGUCUUUAGAGAAUAUAUUCCUAUUAAAUAGUGCCCAUUUUAUAAUGUGUAAAUAUCGACUUGUGUUUGUUGAUAAAGUCACGUGAGCUGUGACGUCAGUAUAUAAAGAAAGGGAAGACUGAGAAACUACUGUUGCUGUAAAUAGUUUUUCUGGAAUUAACGUAAUAAUUGCUAUGUUGUCAUUUAUAUCAUAUAAACACAAUCCAUGUAAACAUUUGCAUUCCAAACUUGAUCCCUCAGGAUCUUUAUUGGUACAUUUUGUGGGAAGGAUUCAGUUCCCCUUCGUUACUGACAUUUACUUCACUUUCAUCUCUUGGCGGUAUCUUCUGCAAAGAGGAACAUAAACUAAGAACUCUCUGCAAUUAAACAUCUUUAAGACUCGUUCUAAGUAAUAAUACACUGACAGCAAUGAAGAUUCCAGGGUGAUUGACAUGUUGUGGAUGUUGCCUGAGAUCGUGAUUUUAAUGAUGGCAAUUGUCAUAACCUAUCUCGGGGUUCGGUAGGAAAGUUUUCAUUGGAAUGAGUCCAAGGCGACUCCACGGUGCUUAAGAAGGUUUCAUUAAAUGUAUUCUAGUCAAAUGGUUAGUGGUUCCUGA